AUGUCUAAUUUGCUUUCAUUUUUAACUUUAUAUAUUCAUCAUAUUACCUCGAUUAUUACUGGUAUAUUAGCUUUCAGUCGAAGUAAUAUAAUGCUUAUUAUUUGUCCACCAUGUGCUGUUGGAGCUACUCAGCUUCUUUCUGGCCAUAUGUCACUUUCUAAUCUAUUCUAUUCAUGGAUCUUAAGUUUACUUUAUAUAUAUUUUUUUAUGAUACAAUUUAAUAUUGCUAAUGAUAUCACAGGUGUUGAAGCAGAUCGUAUUGAUAAACCAGAGCGACCAAUUCCAUCGAAUCGUGUCAGCAUAGAACGAGCUUGGCAUCUUUAUUAUAUUACAGUUACGGUUUUUAUUGUUUAUUCUUAUUCAAUUGGUCAUUUAUUUCCAUGUUUAAUAUGGGUUUUUAUAACAAUUAUUCAUAAUUUCACUACUCUUCAAAAUACAAGUAUUGGAAAGAAUAGUAUAUUGGCUCCAGGUGUAUAUACUGUAGUUUGUGUUAUAUGGUGUUUAAUGAAUAAUGUUUCUAAUAUAUAUGAUCAUCCAAAAAUUGUAUGGAAUAUAGUUUUUAAUUCUUGUGUAUUUGCCGCUGCUACGAUUCAAGCAGAUAUGCGAGAUGUUGAAGGUGAUCGUGUUCAAGGAAGACGAACAUUUUCUGUCACAAUGGGUAAUCGUAAAGCAGCACAAUUGAUUGCUAAAAUUCUUUUUUGUGUAUUAUUGCUUAUUCUUAUUGAAGCAAGUCUAGUUGAACAAGAGCGCAUAGUUAGCAAAUCAACAUAUAUGCUAAUCAAUUGUCUUCUCUAUGGAAUAAUGAUUAUACGACAUUUAUUUUCAUAUGAUGAACGUAAAACAUAUGAAUUUUAUCAUCAAUUGUAUUUCUUUUUUUGUAUAUUUAUGAUACCAAUUAUUAAAACUAAUUGA